UUUCCGAAUGCAGAGAGAGAGAGGUCAUGUGAAGCCUCUAGCAAACAGACAAGAAAGAUCAAAAGAAGAAAUGAAGAAUCAGUAUCUGUGAUUGUGAUCUGACAGCACACAUAUUUUAUAACUUUUGUGUGACUAUAAUCUUUCGCCCAGCCCGGCCACAAAUUCGGUUUCUCAGAUUUGAUAGCGUACUCUUGGUUCUUGAUUCUUCAGCUGCUUCCUCCUCAUCUCUCUCAGCUAGCCUAGCUGCGACCGUCAUCAUGGGCACCAAGGCCAUGGAAGCAUUUGUGUCCAAUGAGACCGCCCUAUUCAUGAAUAAGCAUCCUCCACAUGUAUUUAAACCGAUGUCUCUACCAUCAAUAAUUGUAAAACUCACUUUGGGAUUACUCUGGUGCAUCAUCCACUUAUCAAUCAGCCUUUUUAGUUUAUGUUAUCAUCUGAUUUGCAAUCUAGAGUAUUAUCUUAUUUCAUCUGGAUUGUUGCCGAAGUAUCGAAAUCUCCAACUGGAGAGAGUCAAGUACCUGGCCAUUGUCGUAGAUAGCAGAGAAGCUAAUAAUGCCGUGAAGCUCAAGCAGCUUUUGUGUUGGCUCUCAACUAUUGGCGUGAAGCAUGUAUGUCUCUACGACAUUGACGGAGCGAUAAAGAAAUAUUUUGAACCUGGUAUGAAUGGCUCAGGAGAUGGCAGUUCAGCAGAUUCUUUGGAUGUCAACGCAAACACCAAAGCCUUACACUGUUGUCAUGGGGAGAUGUCGAUAGAGUGUAUUUCUGGUUGUGAUGGCAAGGAAGGAAUCGCAAAAGCAGCCAACUUACUUUGCUCAAUGUAUUUCAAUGGUGAUAAAUAUACCCAUGGAGUUGAUAAAAGCGAGUUAGUAUUCACAGAAGCUGACAUGGCCAGUGCGUUGAAAUCCAUAGGUUAUGGUGGACCAGAACCUGAUCUUCUUCUUGUGUAUGGUCCUGCUAGAUGCCAUUUAGGCUUUCCCGCAUGGAGGUUGCGGUAUACUGAGAUUAUGCAUAUGGGACAACUGAAAUCAAUGAAAUACGGUGCCCUCGUGAAAGCCUUCUACAACUUCUCAAAGAAAUACCAAAACUAUGCACUACCUACACUUCUCCUUCAUUCAUAGCCCUGAACGCGCUAGCAUGUUUUGAUGCUUGGCAGAUACAGUUUGUACUCAUUUGGCCAACUAAUGUUUUGCAUCUCAGGUAAAUGAGAGGUGGUAGUUCUAUGAAGACCGGCGUGUCAUGUAGAAAAGGACUCCUGGCAUUGUUUUGCCUUUCUCCUUUGAUAGUUACGAGCAGUCAUCACAAAUUCACAUGCUGUAUUAGCAAGAUUAGAAUCGUUACUGAUAGAAUAUACGGGAAUCGAUCCCAUUGUAUUUGACCAUGAAGAAUAAAGGACCUGCUCUCGAGUGAGCAUACGAGCAAACAUGCUGGUUGAUAUCAGCAUUAUUCUUUUUUUUAAGGCGUGUAUAUUAAUUAAGAACCAAGAUGAUAUCAGCAUUUUCUGUACCUGAAUCACGGCGAUCACUUUGCUUCAUAUUAUGCAGGACUGCAGGAGUCGCCAAAAUGAUUUGUCUUU